ACCAGCGACGUGGCCAUUGCUUUCCCUCAGGUGUUUUUGGUUUAUUGCUGGACAUCAGACCUUCAGAGACCAACGCUCGAGGGGCAAUUGAUCUCGGCAUACAUAAAUAACGAGGCUAUAUGGACUUGCUGAACGCGUCAUAAAGAUAGGAAAUCAAACGAAACAUGCGAACCUCUACAUUUUCCAUUUCUACGGUCCUUUUGAUCGUUUCAUUCAGCUUGCUUGAAGUCCAAAUCACCAAGGCCGACACAUCGUCUACCCGGGUCGAUCUAACAAACGUCCAAGGCGAUAUAAUUAUUGGUUUGCAGAAACGUUACGAAGCGUUUUGGUUUUGCACUUUGAAGUCAGAUCCCGGAUCAAUCGAAGGCUUUCGUAAAAACCUGAAAAGUGACUUGCUUCCAUUAAUUACAUCGACACAAGGUGUGAUCGAUGCACAAAAGGUGAUAGAUAACUCCCAACAAAACCAGACCGAAGGGGAGUCCAAAAAAAUGCUACCCAUUACACACGUCAAUCUAGGCUUUACUUUCAACGGAUUGAAAAAGUUAGGCUUGAAGGCAGAGGAGAUUCCCACCGGCAAAAACGGGAUAUUUUCGAAAGGUCAAAAAGCCGACGCCGUGACAAACUUGGCAGACCCGCUGGAUCAAGAAACAAAAAAGUUAAAAACCUGGUCUGAUGAUUUCUCAGACGAAGUUAACCCAAUUGAUUUCGUGGUGUUGGUAACUGCUCCGGACUCGAAUUUAUUAAAUAAAAAACUCGACCAGGUUGGCAAGAUACUCGAAGGGCACUUGUCAAAGUCCUUUCUUCGUCAAGGCAAUGUCAGACCUGGGGACCAGUGGGGUCAUGAGCAUUUUGGAUUCAAGGACUCAAUUUCGACGCCGAAGAUUGAAGGUGUGAAUGCUCAAUCAGAAGACAAGAAGGCCGGAAUAGUUGAACCAGGGGUGAUCUUACUCGGUCAACCCCCUUCCGAUGGGAACAGUAGUGCGACGGAUCCUAAUCAAGCUUGGCUCAAAGAUGGGUCAUUUAUGGUUUUCAGAGAGCUCCAACAAUUCGUACCCGAGUUUCAAAGUUUUUGCGACGAGUCUGCCAAAAAUCUCAAAAAUUCGAAUAUUUCUGGUGAUUUUAUUGGUGCUAGGAUCGUAGGAAGAUGGAAAUCAGGGGCACCAAUUAGCUUGGCUCCCAACGAAGAUAAUCCGGAUUUAAAUGCAGCACAGGAUUUUGACUAUUCGGACGAAGUGAAACAAGAACGUUGUCCUUAUGCUGCUCACGUCAGAAAAACCAAUCCACGUCAUGGUGCUUCAGUUAACGGAGACCCUCAAAGAAACACCUUGCCUCACCUCAUGAUCAGAAAUGGCAUACCCUACGGUCCUGAGGUCACUGGUGAAGAGGUCGACAUUAUGAAAACAAAAGAAAACCGCGGUUUGCUAUUCGUUUCUUAUCAAAGUGAAAUUGCGAACGGGUUUCAAUUUGCCCAGAGGGUGUGGUCUAACAACCCCCGUUUUCCGACGCAAGCGGCCGCUAAUGUAUCAGCUGGGUUAGAUUUGCUAACCGGACAAAACAGCGAUGGAUCACCACGAACCGCUCAAAACAUUAUCCCAUUGCUCCCAGGAGGGAACACCGACCCCAACAACACGUUGACCGCGCUUAACCCUUUUGUCAUUCCUCUUGGAGGGGAAUACUUCUUAAUGCCAUCCAUCAAAGCUAUAAACGAAACACUUGGCCUUGGAUCAAAAGACCAAUGAAAGCUCGGCAACUUUUUUCUAACGUUCCUGCAUGAUGGCGGGUCCGCAAUCUGAUACACAGAAAUAUUCGCUCCGUCAGAUCCAAAAGCUAACAAGGAACUCAACAUAUUUAGCGCACCGUCAAGUCGGGGUAUCACUUUGUAUCAUUUUCACCUUUCUGCUUCCCCUUUCUCAAUGUACAAAUAGCCUUUGCCUGUUUAUGGACUCUCAGCUCACAGGCCGCUCAUUUCCAUUCCCUCUUCUUUUUCUCUUCAAGUGUAUUUAGAACUUAUCCCGAUAGUUUGCUAGAUUAGAUCCGAGUAUAUAAAACACUGCAUAGCGGUGCAGUCUCAAGCUCGUUCAUGAGAGCUCCUUGAUGAUA